UUGGAAUGGGACAACACUUUCUGCCCAGCGGAGAAUAGUAUUUUUGGAAAAGUUUUUCUCUUGAAAGCAUGUCCAAAUAUAAGCCAUGGCAGGUUGGUUGCUGUCUCUGUAUCGGUUUAUUUGGUGCUAUAAUAUUCAUAUGUCUCUGCAUACUAGCCUUCGGCGUAUUUAUCCACCGAGGAUGCUCCGAGGACACGUACAAGCACGCGGCGGUUUCUGCGGACUCUAAACUUUGCUCGGACAUUGGCAGAGAUAUACUGCAACAAGGAGGAUCGGCAGUAGAUGGCGCAAUUGCAGCUCUGUUGUGCACCUCACUGGUCAACCCUCAGAGCAUGGGCCUGGGAGGAGGCUCCAUAUUCACUGUUAGGGACAAAACUGGCAUGGUGAAAACCUUCAGUUCGAGAGAGACUGUUCCACAGUCAUUCAAAGCUGAUCUGCUGAAGGGCUGUCCAACAUCUGUCACAUUAAUCACAGGUAGUCAGUGGAUUGGCGUUCCUGGAGAGUUGCGUGGGUAUGAGGUGGUUCACAGAAUGUACGGGAAGCUGCCCUGGGCCAGGCUGUUUGAGCCCACCAUUAGACUGGCCAGAGAAGGAUUUCCUAUGCCACCCUUCCUGGGAUCCCUCCUUAACAUCACACUCAUAGGAAACCUGGUGAAAGCAACAUCACUCUGUGAGGUGUUCUGCCACAAGAACAAGACGGUGCUGGGCAUAGGAGACACAUUGAAGUUCCCUAAACUGGCAGAAACCAUGGAAACCAUUGCAGAACAAGGUGUAGAUGCAUUUUACACUGGCCAAAUUGGACUUGACUUGAUCCAAGACGUAAAAGCAGCAGGUGGGACCCUUACCAUGGAGGAUCUGAAGUCAUUCAGUGUCAGAGUGGAGGAUGCCUGGACUGUUCCCCUUGGCGAUUACCAGAUGCACAUCCCUCCACCUCCUGCAGGGGGAGUCAUGCUCGCCUUCAUCCUCAACCUUGUCAAAGGAUUCCAUUUCACCCCCAGGUCCAUGGAGGAGGACCAGAAGGUCCUGACCUAUCACUGCUACAUAGAGGCAGCUAAAUUUGCUAACGGACAGAGGAAGAGCGUUCACGAUCCUGUUUUCAACACUAAAAAAGAUGCAUCGCAUAUGGUGGACUCUGACUUUGCUGAUCAGAUCAGGGUAUUGAUCAGUAGAAACCGUACCUAUAAUGACUCCUACUACAACAUAACACCUUCCCCUGACCGCUUUGGGACCACACACGUGUCAGUCCUGGCUGAAGAUGGAUCUGCAGUCUCUGUUACAAGUACCAUCAACCAAAUUUUUGGUGCAGGGAUUUACUCCAGUAGAACAGGCAUCAUCCUCAACAACGAGCUGGCUGACUUCUGUUUUAGAGCAGAGAGAUUGAGUGCAGGUGAACAGCCUCCCUCUUCAAUGGCUCCAGCUAUACUGAGCUCCAGCUCUGGGAAAAAUACCCUUGUAAUUGGGGGAUCAGGGGGUAGCAUGAUCACGACCGCCAUGGCCCUGUCCAUAAUGAACCACCUUUGGUUGGGGAUGAGUUUGAAAGAUGCCAUUGCUGCUCCUAUAGUGUUCGUCGAUGGCAACAACAAUGUGAAGUUUGAGCAUGGCUUUGAUAAGUCUGUGAUAGAGGCCCUUAAGAUCAUUGGACACAGAGUGACAGACUACGAAUACUUCUUCAAUGUUGUCAAUGCUGUGGCCAAGGAGGACGGAUGCAUCACAGCCGUGUCAGAUGCCAGGAAGCAGGGCAAAUCUGCUGGCUACUGACCAAAGGUUUACAACCAAUUAGUUGGCUUUAGAACACUGUACAGUAGGUCCCAGAGGACAGUACUUUUAGUGAGAUUUAUUUUUUGUAAUUCUAUUAUCUUUAUAUAUGAACAUUGUUUUAUCUAAACCAACAGUCCAGAGCCUUAAGCAGAAUCAAAUGGCCCUCUUGACAAAAUACUUAGGCACUGAAAUGGGUGGAGUUUCUAAUUUUACCAAGUACAUACAAUUACAUGCUUGUUCUUAAUGACUAACUGUACAGUACACAUAGACUAUAACACAAGGGAGGUCCCGAAGGAACUCAAAUGGGAAGAGAAGGUCAGUACAGCCUGUCAGCCUGUACUAACAUGGGACUCAUACUGUGACCACAAGGACUUGUCAGAUUCAGGACAGGACAUGGUACAACAUGUUACAACUCAAUCCUCCAAGUUCAUUUACUAGUCCCUCUCUGGAGUGUUGCAGCAAUACUCUGAGACUCACACUGAGAUAAAACAGGAUUUUUGCAGCCCCCUUCAGUGUCAGAAAGGAGUUUCACUGCCUAAUAAUACUAAAGCACCCUUUGCUGACUCUAACAGCUACCCAAUCAGUUUGCUGCCUAAUCUUAUUAAACUGGUGGAGAGAAUUGUGUUUGACCAAAUACAAUGCUACUUUUCAGAGAACAAAGGUAACUACUGACUUUCAGCAUGCAUAUAGAGAAAAGCACUCCACUUGUACUGCACUGACUCCGAUGACUGAUGAUUGGUUAAAAUAAAUGGAUAAUAAGAUAGUUGAAGCUGUAUUGUUAGAUUUCAAUGCAGCCUUUGAUGUUAUUGAUCAUAAAUUGUUAUUGAAGAAACUCACAUUGGCUUUAUAUCACUUGCCAUCACAUGGUUCGACAGUUACUUAUCCAUUAUAACCCAGAGAGUGUUCUUCAAUGGAAGCUUCAUUAAUAUCAGAUAUGUGGGAUGUCCCUCAGGACAAUUCGACACUCUACAUGUCAGCACCCAAAGUCGGUGAGCUCACAAAAUAAAUAAAUAAGAUUGUCAGUUUUAGAAUGAGUGAAUAAUAAACUGGUAUUAAAUACAUCUCAAACGAAAAGCAUUGUAUUUGGUUCAAAACAUUCUCUAAGCCCUAAACCUUAACUUUUUAUGGCUGCUGUCUCUGUACAGGGAUCAACAUCAGGGGAAAUUUCAGAGUGACAAGUAAUAGUACUCGAUAAAACUCAAACUUUCAUUAAAACACACAUGCAGGGUACUCAAUUAAAGCUACACUCGUUGUGAAUCUAGCCAACAUGUCAGAUUUUUAAAAUGCUUUUCGGUGAAAGCAUGAGAAGCUAUUAUCUGAUAGCAUGCAACCCCCGAAAUACACGAAGGGGACGUAAACAAAGUAAUUUGCGUAGCCGGCGCUACACAAAACGCAGAAAUAAAAUAUAAAACCUUCAUUACCUUUGACGAGCUUCUUUGUUGGCACUCCUAUCUGUCCCAUAAACAUCACAAUCGAUUAAAUCGUUCCAUGUAUACCCAAAAUGUCAAUUGAAGACAGUCUGAUCCAGGAAAAAACACAGUUUCAAAACCGAACGUCAUUUUUUUUUUAUUAAAAAAGGUUGCCAAUAAACUUUGACAAAACACUUCAAAAUACUUUUGUAAUCCAACUUUAGGUAUUAGUAAACGUUAAUAAUUGAUCAAAUUGAUCACGGAGCGAUCUGUAUUCAAUAGCAGCAAGUCUUGAAAUCGUGGUCCACAUUUUCUCUUCCAUAACUUUCUCCGGUGUACUCGAUGACAGGAAGUGCCUAUUUCUCAUUUCACCAAGGAUUAACUUCGACCCAAUUCCCAACACUGGCGACAUUGUGUGGAAGCUGUAGGAACUGUAAACUGAGCCCUAUCUAUUUUCUCUUGCCAUAGACAAUACAGAGACUGGCGGAGUGAUAUUUUUUGUGUUUUUUGUGAACAGUUUUCCUUGGGGUUUUGCCUGCUACACACGUUCUGUUAUAGUCGCAGACAUGAUUUAACCAGUUUUAGAAACUUCAGAGUGUUUUCUAUCCACACAUACUAAUCAUAUGCAUAUACUAUAUUCUUGGCAUGAGUAGCAGGACGUUGAAAUUGUGCGAUUUUUAACAAAAAGCUGAAAAAAAUUCACACGCUCUUUAAGAGUUGGAGUUGUACAUAAAGGGUGUGACCUUUGAGCAAGUUGAGGAAGCUAAAUUCCUACGCACAGUACGUAUAACACUGGAUGGUCAAUUAUCAUGGGCAAGUCAUAUUGGCAAAGUUGUUGUGAGAUGGGGAGGGGUAUGUCUUUGAUAAAAAGAGGUUAUGAGUUUGAGACAAAUCAACUUGGCAUGUAUAACAAGGCAAUUAGAAAUUCCAGACAAGCUUGUUUUCUAACUUGAUCACUAAGAUCAGGGUGGCAUGGUAGCCUAGUGGUUAGAGCGUUGGACUAGUAACUGAACGGUUGCAAGUUCAAAUCCCUGAGCUGACAAGGUACAAAUCUGUCCUUCUGCCCCUGAUCAGUCACUUAACCCACUGUUCCUAGGCUGUCAUUGAAAAUAAGAAUUUGUUCUUAUCUGACUUGCCAAGGUAAAAUAAAGAAAUAAUCUGAAUAUUUAUAGUGAUCUUCUCAAACAUUGAUGGCCUGAUUUUAAUCCUACCCCUGCAAGCAAACCUGAGAACUUUCCUCCACAGCUAAAAGCUCAAAUAACACCUCGCUUUUCAUCUGGUGUUUUAUCUUUAUUCCACUUUAAUUAAAAUAUACGGCUAGAUUCUCUCUGUGGUUUGGCGCCAACAAUAAGUACUUUGGCCUUGUCUUGAUUUAGCUGGAGGAAGUUGUAAGAAAUCCAAGUAUUUAAAUCACUAAUACAGUCUAAUUUAUCCGUGUAGCUAAAAUCCUCUGGUGACACAAAUGUAAAGUUGUUUAUCAAGUGCAAACUGUAUUUGAGAAAAAUUCCAAUCUGGUUUUCGUGCCCACUACAGCACAGAGACAGCCUUAGUUAAGGUGGUAAAUGAUCUUAGCGCUAACACAGAUGCCAAACAGCUCUCCGUCCUUGUACCCUUGGAUUUAGGUGCUGCAUUCAACACUGUUGACCAUGAUGUCCUCUGGACACACUGGAGAGGUGGGUUGGCCUCUCAAGUCCAAUUCUAAAUUGGUUCAGGACCUAUUUGACAGGUUGAGUUUUUUUGUGACCCAUGGUGAACAUAACUCAGAGAAAAUACUACCACCUGAGGAACAUUGCCACGGCGCGGCCAUUUCUCUCUCAGGCUGAUACAGAGAGACUCGUCCAUGCUUUUAUUAUAAGCAGGCUUGACUACUUUAGUGCUCUCCUGUUUGGUCUACCCAAGAAAGCUAUUGGUCAACUGCAAAACAUACAGAAUGAUGCAGCACUGGUAUUGACCAAGACCAGACGGAUAGCACACAUUACACUGGUUUUAAGGUCUCUGCACUGGCUGCCUGUGAGUUUUAGAAAUUAAUUUUAAGAUUCUUAUAUUGCUUUUUAAAUCAAUCCAUAAUUGUGUACCCCAAUACAUGUCAGACAUACUUUUUAAGUUAUGUACCCAGUAAGCCCCUCAGGUCCUCUGGUACUGGCCUUUUAACUAUUCCAAAGCCUAGGACCAAGAGGCAUGGAAAGGCAGCCUUUAGUUACUAUGCCUCCAGGCUCUGGAACAGCCUGCCAGAGAUCCUCCGUGGGCUGAAACUGUGGACAUAUUUAAGAGAUCUUAAAACACCUUUUUAGCUUUGCUUUUCCUUAGUUCUAUUUAGUCCUUUACAAAAAAAAAAUCAUCCUCUUAUUGUAUAAAUAUUUAAGUUUGUUUUUCCUGUGAAGCACAUUGCGUUGCAUUCCAUGUCUGCAAUGUGCUGUAUAAAUAAAGUUUGAUUUAUACUAGUUGUUCA